GCAUACUAGUGGUUAUAGAAGGGUUUUGUAACACAUUGGGAGUGUCCUCCUAAACAAGAACUGCAUGAUAAGAGAACCCGAUCCUUGAGAGAAACAUUGUAUCUUCGUUUUUCAGAAUAUUUUAGAAAGGUGGUGUCAGGCCACCAUUUAAUUUGUUCAUUUCACCUUUCCCGAACCGUAGCCGACCAAGCUCCGUGUAACAUCCUCGAACAAUCGCACUCAUCUAUCUAACAGGUAAGCAGACAUGUCGUGGCUGCCUAUGCUUGGUUUGACUGCCCUGCCUCAUCUAGGGGGGCUCUAUGGAGGCUACGUGACACGCAAGCAGGUGAAAACCUGGUACACCACUCUCAACAAGCCGUCAUGGCGUCCAACUAAUGCUGUGUUCCCAAUAGUGUGGACCACCCUCUACACAGGCAUGGGGUAUGGCUCCUACCUGGUGUGGAAGGAGUGUGGGGGUUUCACUGAGGAUGCUGUGGUACCUUUGGGAUUCUAUGGGUUGCAGCUGGCUCUCAACUGGGCCUGGACUCCGAUCUUCUUUGGAGCACACAAGUUGAAAAUGGCACUCAUAGAGAUAGUGAUGUUGACUGGUGCUGUUGGAGCCACCAUGGUAUCCUGGUAUCCCGUCAAUCGCACGGCCAGCCUGCUCCUGACACCCUACCUUGCAUGGCUGUGCCUGGCCACCUCCCUUAACUACUGCAUAUGGAGAGAUAACCCGGAUGAGGGUGAAAAGGAGGAGUAGGCAACACUAUUUUCUGUACUUGGUUCCAGCUCCAUCCAUUGGCCAAACAAUUUGUAUAAUGAUGUGCUACUGCAUUUUUGCUUUUUUACAUAAAAUAAAGUUCUCUCAUAACCUAAUCGCCAAUGAAGAAAUUGGGGCUUGGCUUUUGCAAGAUUUAAGAAAUGUUUUUCAAUGCCCUUUAAUUUAUUUCAAUAUAUCUGUUUAAGAAACUUACCAUGGCUUUGUAUUAUACCGAUAUUUCAAGGAAAGUACAUGCCAGCAAAGCCUUAAGUAUAUCAGAUUUGAUUUACAUUUGCCUAUUAUGUUGUUCAUAUUAAAAAAUGGAAUACUU